AUGGACCUGAAAUCUGAACAGGUUGGCCGUAAUUUGGAGUUGAGGGGUGGUGAAGAAGGGGCCUCAGAGUACUACGUGAAAGAAUAUCCUAAAUAUAAUCUUGUUGGCCUAAUAUAUGGUCCUGAAAGUGAUAACCAGAAACAAUUAGAAAAGGAAACCGGAGCCAAGAUUCAAGUCUAUGGUACCAAAGCAGGGACAGGACACAAGGCUGAAAUAAAACCAUCUGAUGGGAGUGAAAUCCAUGGUGAAUAUGAAAGCUUAUAUGUUCAUAUAUCAGUUGACACAUAUGAGAAAGUAGAUGCAGCGGUUGCUGUAAUUGAACUCUUAGUCACCUCUGUAUCAGGAAAUCUGGCAGCGGUUAGCAGUACAGGUGCUUCAGUUUCUGCUGAUAAUGCUCAUGUUCCUAGUCAAGUCCAGGACACUACCACCUCUAAUAUGGUUCCGACUACUGUGGUAAAUCAGGGAAUGGUACAACCAUUGCCAGGACUUGCACAAACUCCACUGGAUGGGCAGUUUCAGUACCCUGGUCCAUUUCUCUCGAGGGGCCCAUCUUCCGCUCCCAUGUAUAUGCCUGGCUUCGCUCUGAAUUCUUUGAGACCUAUCCUCAACAAUCCUUCCCAUAUUUCAACAUCACUUUUCAACCCUGCGUACCUGCCUUCAUCAUUUGGGCUUCCGCCAUCUCUUGUUUCCCCUAGACAAAAUCCACCAACACCACAAUUUUUGCCACAUACAUAUAUGGCUUCCCAGCCUGCAUCAGUUCAAACUAAUGUUUCAGCUCCACUCACAGUCAUGCGAAACCGACCACUGCCUGCUGAGAGCUCUACUGGAUGA